UGUCGCCCUUAAGCAAUUUAGGACAGUUGUUAUUGGUCCGCCGUUUCUGUCAUGGGUGUUGUUGGGAAUUCCCGCGUCCUGUUUUGAUUUUUAAUAUAGCGAUCAAGCCCUCAAGAACCUCAGAUCAACAGAAGAAAUCUUGUUGAGCGGUUCUCCGAGAGCUGUGCUCUCCUGAGCUUUGAUACCGGCUUUACCCGCAGCAGACCUCUAGAAAUAUGCCUAUGACAAGAAUGCGUAUGAGACCCUGGCUGGAAUUACAGAUAAAUUCCAAUGCAAUUCCUGGGUUGAUUUGGAUAAACAAGGAAAGAAAGAUGUUCCAGAUUCCAUGGAAGCAUGCUGCCAGACAUGGAUGGAAUAUGGACACAGAUGCAAGCCUUUUCAGAAACUGGGCUAUACAUACAGGAAGGUUUAGACAAGGAAUAGAUUCACCAGAGCCUAAAACGUGGAAAGCCAAUUUCCGAUGUGCCAUGAACUCACUGCCUGAUAUAGAGGAAGUGAAGGAUAAGAGUGUUAAUAAAGGUUCCAGUGCUAUUCGAGUGUACAGAAUGCUACCACCCGUCGACAGGUCAAAGCAAAAAGAAAAGAAGUGUAGGUCAACCAAAGAUUCCAAAAGCAAGAGUAGAAAGAGGGAGUUCAAGUCAAAGGUCAAGUUAGAGGUGACAGAACCCGUUACGCCUAAACUACCAGUUGAUCACACCACAUAUACUGCACCAGAACAAUCUACUUCACAGGAAAUGGUGGUUGACAGCACAGUGAAUAUAGGAGAGUUUUCUUCAUCGGAAUCAUGCCCUAUUGUUGAUUGGUCUAUUAAUGAAAUAGUUGGAGAAUCCGAAGAUCGGGUAGUCAGCACAUGUGACUUGUAUCCAUUUCAGAUCUCUCCCAUGCCCUCUCCUGCAGCAGCCAGCGCAGCUGACAGCUUUCUGACAAUAGAUGAAGCUUCUGAAAUCACACAAGAAUCCAGUCAAUGGGAACAUAGCAGCAUUGAAGGGAAAGGAUACCUCAGUAAUGUAAUUGGAACAAUGCCACUAACUCCCUUCGAGAAUAACCUUGUCACAAAUGAACAAGAAGCAAUCUCCCAUUUGACAUUUCAGGAUGGCAACUGGUCAGAUUCAACAGAUCAUGUCCCAGACACCACCAUCGCGAUCCCUGCAUUUGUUUUGUCCUAGUGGCAGGACAGACCCCACCAGAGGUGGCAGCACAGUGGUAUACAGACAGUAAUGAGUUGAACUGAGAAUCAUCAAUAUUGACUUUACGCUCCAUGAAGUCUCAAGGAAUCAGGUCAACCAUGGGCCAGGAGAGUGCUGACUGAUUACUACAUACUGCCCAUUCUUGGCUGAUGAAUCAAUACUUCUCCAUUUUGAACGCCAGUUGGAGGAAGUGCUAAGGAUGGCAAAGGUGCGGAAUGUACUUUGGGUGGGAGACUUUAAUGUCCAUCACUAUGAGUGACUUGGCAGUGCCAUUGCUGCCGAUCUGCUCAAGACCCGAAGGACACAACUGCUAGACUGGGUCGUGAGGGAUCCAACAAGAAGGAAACACAUAGUUGACUUCGUCCUCACCAAUCCACCACUCACAGAUGCAAUCUCCAUGACAGAAUUGUUAGGACAGACCAUCACACAGUACGUUUCGAUAUAAAAUCCUGUCUUCACAUUGAGAAUUCCUCCAUCAUGCUGGGAUACACUGCCACAAUGCUAAAUUGUGCUCAAUCAUCUCUAACCUCAUGGCCCAGCAUUGAGUGUGGCUUCAAGGGGCUCUAGCAAAACUACAGUGAAUGGUAGCCUGGCAGUUAGAGUCAUAUUUGGCACAAAGGAAGAUGGUUGUGGUUGCUGGGCGUCAGUCAGCAUAACUCCAGGAUAUCUUUGUAGGAAUUCCUCAAUAUAAUGUCCUAGGCCUAGCCAUCUUUAGCUGCUUCAUUCCUCAAUCAUAAGCCCGGAAGUGCUUGCUGAUGACUGCAUGAUGUUCAGCACUAUUCAUGCUCAGAUACUUAAGAAGCCCCUGUCCAAAUGUAACAAGACCUGGACCUUAUCCAGGUUUGGGUUGACAAUUAGCAAGUAAUAUACGUGUAGCACAAGUGCCAGGCAAUGACCAUCUCCAACAAGACAGAUUUCAUCAUCACUCCUUGACAUCCAAUGGUAUCACCAUAGCUGAAAAUCACAUUGUCAGUAUCUUGGGAAAACCAUUGACCAGAAACUGAACUGGACAAGUCAUAUCAAUACAGCAGCUAUAACAGCAGGUCAGAGGCUAAAAAUUCUGCAGGAUGUAUCUCACCUCCUGACUUCAAAGCUCCAAAGACAGUCCACCAUCUACAAUGCUCAAGUCAGGAGUGUGAUGGAAUACUCCCCACUUGCCUGGAUGGGUGCAGCUCCAACAACACUCAAGAAGCUUGACACCAUCCAGGACAAAGCAGUCUGUUUGAUUGACAGCAUGUCCACAAACAUUCAUUUACUCUACUACUAAAACUCAGUGUACCUGUAUGUACUAGCUACAAGAUGCACUGCAUAAAUUCACCACGGCUCCUUAGCUGCUUCUAAAUACAUGACAGUCUGGAAGGACAACAGCAGCAGAUACAUGCGAACACCACCACCUGCAAGUUGCCCUCCAAGUCAUAGAUAACACAGCGUGGAGCUGGAGGAACACAGCAGGCUAGGCAGCAUCAGAGUAACAGGAAAGCUGACGUUUUGGGUCGGGACCCUUAAGUCAUUCCCAUUCUGACUUGGAAAUAUAUUGCCGUUUCUUCAGUGUAGCUGGGUCAAAAUCCUGGAAUUCCCUCCUUAAAGGCAUUGUGAAUGUAUGGACCCCAAAUGGACUGCAGUGAUUCAGGACAACCUUGUUUUGCAAUAAAUGCUGACCAGGCCAGCGAAAUCCACAGUCUAUGAAUUAAUGAAUUAACUGAUAGAAUAGCAAUCUUUCUGCAGAAAGCAGCUGAUUUACCCGGAAUGAAAAGCAAUAUUGUUUCUGUUUUGCAUAUAGAAGAUGCCUGUGGUUAAAUACUUGUAUUUACCUGAGAAUCUAUUUUCUGAUUCCAUUCCAUUCGCCCACGUACUCUUGUUCUCAUUACACCUACAGCUUUUUUUUAUAUAGCCUUUCUUGUGAAAUGCAAUCUGUUUGAUGAGCAAAUAAAACAAAAUCAAAAAAAGCAAUUCGGUGUGUCUAUAGAUUAAAUAUUUAAUCCAGAGCAAUAAAACAUUAUUCAAAAGCCAUGUUUUUCUUAUUCAUUCAUGGGAUGAGGGCAUCGCUGGCUAGGCCAGCAGUUAUUACCCAUCAGUAAUUAUCCAUAGGGCAGUUUAGAGUCAACUA